GUAAUUUUUGCAUGGCCCUCUAAAGUAGGGCAUUAUUUAAAAAAAACAAAAAGUAGCGCAAUUUGAUAACUUUUGACACCGAAGAAAAAUCUUGAAGCGCAAAACAAAACUUGCCGGUUGCAGGAGUUCUUAUUUUUGGUUCCUCAAUUUCGUACCAAUUUUGUCCCAAAAUGACGAAGAAACUGCUGAUGCUGCUUCCUCACGGUGCCGAGGAGAUGGAAUUCGUCAUUUGUGUCGACGUUCUCCGUAGAUGUGGAGUCAACGUUACGGUUGCAGGCUUGUCUGAUAAAACGGUCAAGUGCUCACGGGAUGUCGUUAUCCACGCCGAUACUACGCUGGAGGAAGCCGCCAAUGACGAUUUUGAUGCCAUCGCCCUUCCGGGCGGCUUGGGUGGUUCCAAGGCUAUGGCGGGAUCCACCAAGCUGGGAGAAGUGCUGAAGUCGUUUGAAUCCAAAGGAAAGCUCAUCGCAGCUAUUUGCGCAGCUCCGACCGUUCUUCUGACCCACUCUGUUGCUCUCGGAAAAACUCUGACAUCGUAUCCCUCCUUCAAGGAUGAAUUCGCCGGAAAGUACACCUACGUUGAGGAUAAAACGGUGGUGGUCGAUGGAAAUCUGGUAACAAGUCGUGGCCCCGGAACUGCAUUUGAUUUCGCACUCAAACUGGGCGAGAUUUUGGUUGGCUUGGACAAGACCAAACAAGUCGCCAAAGGGAUGUUGUACGAUUUGCAUUAAAGGUAAAGGUAAUUGAUUUUCUCUGCUGCGAAUUUGCUUUAUUUACUGAUUCCUAUCAAUUGUUUGCUCACGAGUAGUUGGAUACGUUUAGUUUUAGUAUUUUUCAGUCAUAAAUCUUAACUAGCGUAA